CGAUGUCGUGGCAGCGCGUGUGUGUGUCUGACUUUGAGGAGGAGGCUCGAAGAGUUCUGCCAAAAGCCGUCUAUGACUACUACCGGUCCGGUGCUGACGAGCAGCUCACACUGGCUGACAAUGUUGCUGCGUUCAAGAGGUGGUAUCUUGUCCCUCGGGUGUUGAAGAAUGUGUCCACAGUGGACCUGUCUGUGUCUGUGCUCGGACAGAAGCUCAGCAUGCCGGUGUGUGUUGGAGCCACAGCGAUGCAGAGGAUGGCUCACCCUGACGGAGAGACAGCUACAGCCAGAGCAUGCAAAGCGGCAGGGACAGGGAUGAUGCUGAGCUCCUGGGCCACCUCCACCAUAGAGGAAGUGAUGUCAGCAAUGACAUCCUCAAGGGGCGGUGCAGAUGUCAUGUGGCUGCAGCUUUACAUCUACAAAGACCGCGAGCUCACACUGUCACUGGUCCGCCGAGCCGAGGAGGCAGGAUAUAAAGCUGUCUUUGUUACCGUGGAUACGCCCUACCUAGGAAGGAGAUGGGAUGACGUUCGCAACCGAUUCAAGCUGCCGUCACAUCUGAGCAUGUCCAACUUCUCAACAGCAUCACUCGCUUUCUCUGAGGGAGACUACGGCAGUGACAGUGGACUGGCAGUUUAUGUUGCCAAGGCAAUUGACCCCGCCCUCUGCUGGGAUGACAUCACAUGGCUGAAGAAGCACACACACCUACCAGUAAUUGUGAAAGGAAUACUGACAGGUGAAGAUGCUGUUCAGGCUGUCAGGUACGGAGUUGAUGGCAUCCUGGUGUCCAAUCACGGUGCUCGGCAGUUGGAUGGGGUUCCUGCCACGCUGGAUGUGCUGGAAGAGGUGACGAUGGCAGUGCAAGGUCGCUGUGAUGUUUAUAUGGAUGGAGGAGUGAGGCGGGGAACUGACAUCCUGAAAGCCUUAGCUCUGGGAGCCAAGGCUGUCUUCAUAGGUCGCCCAGUGCUGUGGGGUUUGGCCUCUCAGGGAGAACAUGGAGUCUUUGAAGUUCUGGAACUUCUCAAAGAAGAGCUGCGACUGGCUAUGGCCUUGUCAGGCUGUCGUUCUUUAUCAGAGAUCAAUAGGUCCCUGGUCCGGAGAGCAUCAUUAACCUCGAGGAUCUAAAAGAACGA